AUGAAGCGGGAGCACGCAACCACCUUGGAGCUGGACGAGAACGUGGCCGACGCGCCUGUCAAAAAACCCAAGUUGCUGUGCAAAAUAGACGUGGGGGAUUGGGUGGUACGGGACGCUUGCCAGUGCCUCAACGAGAGCACGACCCACCGCUUCCCGGCCCUCUUUCGGCCCUUCGUUGACACCACCGCCGAGAAGAGUGAGACCAUCGAACGAAAAGCAACAGAUAGCGAGGCCGAACCCAGUAAGUCAGAAGAGGAUGACUACCUGGAGAGCAACGUAGAUGAGCAGCUGCUGCUCUUGGUCAAGUUCACGCCCCGGCUCAAGCUCCACGAGAUUCAUCUGCAGGUCUUUGACGACGGGUCGGCGCCCAAGAACGUGCGGCUCUUCGUGAACGAGCCCCACCUCAGCUUCGAGGACGCAGGCGACGCCAUCCCCGCGCAGACCGUCACCCUGACGGAAGAAGAUUUGGUCAAGGAGGGCAACAACGUGCUCAAGAUUCCACUCAAGCUCAUCAAAUUCCAGAAGGUGGACACGGUCAGUGUGUUUGUGGAGGACAACAUGGGCGGGAAAGAGAGGACGCGCAUCCGGCGCAUCCGGUUCAUCGGCGACGCCUACCAAAAGGUCAUGAUCGACCUCACCAAUGACAAAUGA